CUCCCGAGACUCCCAGGAGGGCCUCGCCACCCCGGGUACCGGGGCUCUCGGACCGCGACGCGCACGUCACGCGCCCGCUGCCAAUCCGCGCGCGGCAGGUCGCCUCCGCUCCAGGGCGCAGCCCCGCCUUCCCUCCCGCCGGCCGCUUCUGCUUUGGGCGCAGGCGCCGAAGCUCGCACGGCCGCGGGGCUCCGGGGCGCCGCCGCCACCAUGGUGCUGGAGAGUGUGGCCCGCAUCGUGAAGGUGCAGCUCCCGGCGUAUCUCAAGCGGCUCCCAAUUCCCGAGAGCGUCACCGGGUUCGCCCGGCUCACAGUUGCAGAAUGGCUCCGGCUGUUGCCUGUCCUCGGAGUGCUUGCUCUACUUGGCUACCUUGCAGUUCGUCCAUUCCUCCUGAAGAAGAAACAACAGAAGGAUAGCUUGAUUAAUCUUAAAAUACAAAAGGAAAAUCCCAAAGUGGUGAAUGAGAUAAACAUUGAAGAUUUGUGUCUUACUAAAGCUGCUUACUGUAGGUGUUGGCGUUCUAAGACGUUUCCUGCCUGUGAUGGCUCACAUAAUAAACACAAUGAAUUGACAGGAGAUAACGUGGGCCCACUAAUACUGAAGAAGAAAGAAGUAUAAUAGUAAUGAAUUAGGACUGAAUUGAGUUGUGUGCUGUAAAAUCUUAUAACAAUAUUUUUUCAUUUUUUUGUGUAUAGAGCUUUUAAAUGGUGGUCUUAAUUAUUGCUACAGGUUGAAUAAUUAUUUCUGCCAAUUUAUUUUCUUGCUACACUAGUGUUUAUAUUUGAUACUUUGUACAUUCAUUUAUAUAGAUGUUAAAUUGUACAACCCAUUCUGACUUCAAAGAAUUAAUGUAUCUUCCUACAAUAAAAUCAACACUUCUGAUUUUAAUUAAUUGAAAAAAAUCUUAAGUUUUUGGCAGUGGGUCCAAAGCUAUUUCUUUGAAUGUCAUGUUGUCAACAGAAUCUAUACUUCAAAAAUUUUCUCCCUACACUACUAAAUAUAUUAUUUUUCAGUUCUCUUCUGUUUUGUACAUUUAAAGUGAUAUUUCCCCUUUUGGCUUUCCACACUCCAUUCUUUUUAAAUCAAUAAGGUAAAUAUUGCUCUUAAGAAUUACAUGUUUUCAAAGAGAUAAACUUUUUAUAGAGAGUUUUGUCUAUUUGAUACGAGUAUCCCAAUUUCAGAAGAGAUGUGAACUGGAUAUAAAAAGUUCCAACAAUGAAUAGUUAUUUACAUUUUUAAAGAUUACUUUACCAAA